ACUCAUACACUCUCAGACCGCAAUAUGGCGAGAAUGCCUGGCAGCGGGCACCAGUGCUGUGGCGACGACACGACCCCGGCGUCCGGGGAAAGAGAGCGGGACUUAGAGGACGGAGAGGAAGGAGAGAUUCAGGAGAUCCAGAUCACGGUGGACGAGGGUGAAGAGUGCGAGGAUGAAGACGCCGAGUUGGAGCCCAGGAUCUGUGAGAGCGGGGAAGCGGUCCUUAUGCGGAAUAUAGACCAGCAGCGCGGGGGGCACGAGCUGCACAUGGCUCCUCUGGAUCCUGAUGCUGAUGAGGGAGAGCCAGCUCAUCUGUCCGGGUCGGAGCGCUCGCGUCUGAGCGAGAACACGCGCUUGGCCACGCGUUACGCGGUGCGGAUCUUCCGCGAGUAUUUGAGCGAGACGGCACAGAGUACCAACUUCGAAAGCAUGGACAAGCACGGGCUCUGCAGGGUCCUGCGCGCCUUCUACUCGGAGGCGCGCUCCAAGAGCGGCCAGCUGUACAGCAAGUCGUCGCUGAUCAGCAUACGCAGUUCGCUCAACCGCUAUCUAAACGAGCCGCCCUUCUGCCGCACGCUCGACCUGACCAAGGACCCGGAGCUGCGCAGUGCCAACCUGGCGCUCGCUGCUGUCAUCCGCCGCCUGGAGGAGCAGGGCGCCGGACCCGUGGUUCAGAAGCAGGCGAUCACGCGCGCAGACCUGCGCAGGCUCUACGCGUCUGCCGCGUUCAGCGCGCGCACCCCAUUCGGACUGCUCAACAAAGUGUGGUUCGAGACGUGCAUGUACUUCUGCACGAGGGGCCGAGAGAACCAGCGCGAGCUCGAGGAGGACUCUUUCGGGCUCGCCACGGACGAGGACGGGAGGAGGUUCGUUUACUUCAAAGCGCUCGGGCCGUACCACAAGUCCCGCUCUUCAUCCUGGAGCAGGAAAAGAUCAGACACGGAUGAGGAAAACCUCCCGCGCAUGUACGAAACCGGCACGGAGUUUUGCCCUUAUGCGAGCUUCGUGAAGUACCUGUCAAAGCGCAACCCCGCGUGCAGGGCUUUUUUCCAGCGCCCGCGCGAUCACUGCAGCGAGAACGACGCGACGUGGUACGAGAAUAAAGCCGUGGGUAAAAACCUGCUGGGCACGAGGAUGCAGAUGCUCUCCCGCGCAGCUAAGCUCUCCAAAACAUACACCAACCACUGCAUCGGCGCCGUCUCCAUAGCAACGCUCAACAGCGUCGCCGGCAUCGGCUCGAAAUUGGCGCCGCUACAUGUUGCACCGGAAAUGGUCAACGGAAGCCAGCGGCCACGUCGCGACACCGAGGACUCACCGGAGCUCGAGACGCGUAAAAUGUGCAAACGUCCCCGAGCGGAGAUUUAUUCGGCGCACGUGCCGGGACCGGGAUCUUCCCCGAAAAGGCUCUGCGUUCUCCCUGUUGCAGAGGGCGCAAACCCUCCGGCUCCGAUUAAAGUCAGCGCGGAUUCCGUCGCCCCCGUCGCCCCGGCUGCGCGUGAGCACGAAGGGGAACCUGCACUCGUGCUGUCUGCGCAGGAACAUCGCAGCAGCGUGGCCAUGUCGACUCGGCCUCGUUUGGCACAGUCGCCAGCCUCCCCAGUGGGUACAGCUGGCAUCCCCACUCCGGCCCAGCUGACCAAGGCCAACGCGCCAGUGCACAUCGAUGUGGGAGGACAGAUGUACACCAGUAGUCUCGCUACACUCACUAAAUACCCAGAAUCUCGGAUUGGCCGUUUGUUUGAUGGCACAGAGCCCAUAGUGCUAGACAGUCUAAAGCAGCAUUAUUUCAUCGAUCGUGAUGGCCAUAUGUUCCGCUACAUCCUCAACUUUCUCAGGACUUCCAAGCUACUCAUCCCAGACGACUUUAAGGACUACUGUCUGCUGUAUGAGGAAGCACAGUAUUUCCAGCUGCAGCCACUGCAGGCAGAGCUUGAACGCUGGCGUUCGGAGCGAGACUCAGGGCGUGUGUCCCGGCCAUGUGAGUGUGUGGUGGUGCGCGUGGCCCCUGAACUGGGCGAAAGGAUCACACUGAGUGGAGAUAAGGCUCUCAUCGAGGACAUUUUCCCUGAGAUCGGAGAUGUCAUGUGCAGUUCAGUCAACGCAGGAUGGAACCAUGACUCCACUCAUAUCAUCCGGUUUCCUCUUAACGGAUACUGCCAUCUCAGCUCUGUACAAGUCCUGGAGCGGCUCCAGCAGAAGGGAUUUGAGAUUGCUGCUUCGUGUGGAGGUGGUGUGGACUCAUCUCAGUUCAGCGAGUACGUUCUACGGAGAGAGAUCAAGCACGUUCGAAGCAGGGUCCUGACUUCGGUCACUCAAAUUAAACAGGAACCAUUGGACUAGUGGAAAAUGAUCUUUUUUAAAGAGAAAGGCCAAGGCCACAGCCUUUCAAGUAUAUACAACGGGUAUAUACAAUAAUCAACUUUUCAAUGUUAAAAUGCAAAAAAAUUCUAAUAGAUCUGUCACAUCAGACUACAGCAAGGCAAAGGUUUGUUUUAAAACUUUUCGACUUGUGUUUACUGGAUUCAUCUCCACCAGUCUCAUCUAAAGAAGUAAAAUCAAAAGCAACUCCAUGCAGGGCUCUGUGUACUAUUAAUGUUCCCAGACAAUGUAUCUCUAAACAGUUUUAUCAGAUGAUGUUAUUAUCAGACAUCACUGCGCACACACAAAAGCACAAAA